AUGCGUUUACUGCUAAGUGGACAACACUUUUUAAAGCCACUCCUAUCUAUCAAUGAAUUGUUGGACCAAAUAAUCGACUAUUUAGAUUAUCCAUCUAUUAUUUGUCUUUCCAUGAGUAAUAAAUCCCACUUUGGAAUUAACACUUUUUCAUCAAUUACAACUUCCGAAUCAUCAUGCAACACACCUUCAUCAUCACUCCUCACAUUAAAUCCCAAUUUAUGGGUUAAUUUAGUUAUUAGAUAUGAUUGUGUGGGUGAAUUAAUUUCCAAAUUUCCAUCAUUGAGUGGCUUGGAAGAUGUUGAGGCUAUGAAUGAGAGGGAGAGAAUGGAUUUUAGUUUGAAAUGUAGGGAAAUAUUAUCGGAACAUGUUCUUGGCAAAUUGAAAAAGUAUAAAUUGAAAAAGUUGGAUGAGAAUGAUGGUAAACAAUUGUGUCAAGUUUGUGGGGAGUUGAUUGAGAUGGGGGAAUUAAUUGUAUUGCAUGUGAAGGAGGGAAAGGUUGCAUGUUUUUAUGAGUAUUUUCAUUGGAAUUGUUUGGAUAUGGAUGAGAUGAAUAGGAUAAAGAUGAAGAGAUGUGAAAUUGAGUAUACUGAUUCGAAUAAUUACUUUUUGAGGAAACAGGUGGAAAAUUUCUAUAAGAAAGUGGAUGAAUCGAGAGAAGUGAGAAGACAGAAAUUAUUUGGAAUUGUUUGUGAUUCAUGUUUAAAGUUUCAGAGCUCGAGGUAUUAUUCUGGAUUGGAUAGUGAUUCGAAUAGAGUUGAUUUAUGUAUGAAUUGCUAUUCCAACGAAAGAGCCACAAGUUUAACCAGUAUUGAGAAGAGAAAGCCCUCACUGAUUACUUGUAGUACUUGUAAAGAGCCAAUUAAGAACGCCAUAUUUUCAUGCCAAUAUUGUGACUAUUAUUCUCUGUGUCAGAAUUGUUUUGAACAAUUACCCAAAACAAGUAAGCAUUCCUCUCAUCCGUUUACUUUGGUUGGAUGUUGUAUUGAUACAUUAGAAUCAAAUUCACAUACUUCACGUUCAGAGACAACCGAAUCUAAAAAGAGAAAGUAUGAAAGCAAUUCGAAAGUACCCAAUAAGAAGGUUAGUUUGUUAGAUGUUGCCAGGAAUAUGGGUUUUGAUUUGACUUGA